AUGUUACGUCAUCACGUAGGGCACUGGGAUUACGUCUGCCUUCGACUUGAUCUCAUAGUUGUUAAUAUCCUGUUGUAUGUGUGUUGUUUAGUGUUAGAUUGUAAUAUCCUUUAUGUAAAGAUUUUUCGUCCAGGGGGCUCUGAUGAACACCACGGUAUCUCAGAAAAACAUGACAUGUACUAUAACUACAAUUAUACAAACUUCUUGUCAAGACGUUCGUUCUGGUUUUUGAAUUGGUUGCUGGCUCUUGGAAAUAAACGACCAUUGGAAAUGUGUGACCUGGGUUCCUUACCAGAAGACUGUGAAUGCAAUUAUCAAUAUAGGAAAUUUGAAAAAGCAUACGAAUCUGAAAAGCGUACAGCACAUGAAAAGGGUCAUGCUCCUUCACUUGUCGGAACUUACAUGAAAACGUACGGCUACAAAAGCUGUAUCGCGACUACUUACAAAAUUGUAGUCGAUUCGUUGGCUGCCACUCAACCUCUUAUUAUUGCUGGCAUUGUCACGUAUGCCACGGAUUGCUAUUAUGAAAGAAUACCAGAAUCGGAAAUAAUAAUUCCUUAUGUAACAGUGUAUGAAUUCUUUAGCAACGGCUUCAUUCUCGUCAUUGUCCUACUGGCUGCCCAGGUCGUUAGAACGUUCUUGUGGAAUGCGGCACUCACGCUCGGAUUGUUGCAAGGUAUACAUGCAAAGACAGCGUUACAGGCUCACGUCUACAACAAAACACUGCGUCUAAUGACAUAUACGCUAUCUGGUGACAUCACAGUUGGAGAGAUCACAAAUCACUUUUCUACCGAUGUUACCGCCAUGCAGUGUUUUUUUCAAUAUGAUUUCAGCUUGUAUUCUCUUCCCUACCAGACAUUCACCUCAUAUUCGCUUUUAAACGAAUCCCCACUCACGCCGCGGAUUGUGUUCGCAUCACUAACAUGCAUGCACAUGUUAAGUCUUCCAAUGGCAAAUAUGGCGGACUAUGGGAAGGUGUUAUCAGACGCAAUUGCAAGCACACGCCGUUUGCAAGCCUUUUUCGCUGUCGAUGAGAUACACGAAUAUCCGACAGGUAGACCACCUCUAAUUAACGGAUACCGGUUGGAAUACAAUAGAGAUUCAGGAAGACUUAAAACCCAGAAACAAAAUAACGAUAGUGUCAAAAUGGAGAUGGUAAAGCUGAUGGGUACCAAUGAGAACUCAGACGCCAUCAAUCUCAUCAAUGUUGCAAAAUAUGAUACAUUCAGUGCGCGUUCAAAUGGAUAUCAUUCGACAUACAUCGUAGACCAUCUUGCAUUAAAGAUAAUUAAUGGAUCCUUUGCUUGGAGGCGUCAUGAAACUGUCCCGACACUGAAAAAUAUCAACAUUGAAAUUAUGAGGGGAACUUUAGUUAUGAUAAUCGGUUGUGUUGGUUCUGGAAAAUCAUCAUUACUGUCGGCUAUUUUAGGUGAGAUGUUACUUGUAGCCGGGGAAGUGCGAUUUCAUAGGGACAGGAACAGCCUAUCUUAUACGGCGCAGCGACAGUGGAUACUAAAUAAUACAGUUAAGGAAAAUAUAAUAUUUGGAGCAGAGUUUCAGUUUGAUAGAUAUCAGACUGUACUUGGCGUGACUGGCCUUCAACAUGAUAUAUCAAAUCUGCCAGCUGGUGAUAUGACUGAGAUUGGUGAGAAAGGUAUAAAUCUCAGUGGAGGACAGAAACAACGCCUGUGCCUUGCGAGAGCUCUUUAUCGCAAAACAGACAUAGUAGUGUUGGAUGAUCCUUUGUCAGCGUUAGAUGGCCACGUGAGUUCACACAUUAUGGUGAAUGGUAUAGUAGGUUUUCUACGGCAAGAAAACCGAACAGUACUUCUCGUUACCAAUCAUGUCCGUUAUUUACACUAUGCAGAUCAGGUUGUUGUUAUGGAGAGUGGCACUAUUGUGAGACAGGGUGAUUUGAAUGAUAUAAAAGCGAAUCACUCAGUAAUCUAUCCAGAAUGGGCUAAGUGUAUAAGCGCAAUCAGCGAUUCGGAGAAGGAAAACGAAUCCCCGGAUGAAGCUGAGCAUGAAUAUAACAAAGUGAAAAAACAAAUACCAGAAGAAAAAUGCGACCACGGCGAAGUUUUCAGGAAUUCGGGCGCAUUGAUAGCUCAAGAAGAGAGGCAAAAUGGCUCAGUGUCUUGGCAUGUUUACCUUGCAUAUGCAAAGGCGGUGACAUAUCCAGCAGUUUGUUUAAUACUGAUUCUAUUUGCUGUACAAGGCAUUGUUUUGAUUAUAUCCAAUUUUUGGUUAGCUAACUGGUCCGAAACAGGGGUAAAUAAAGCAAAUGUAACACAGGAAAUUAGAACCAGAGAAUUCAAGUAUUACCUAACUGGUUACGCAGUGUUGUGUGUUAUUUAUUUCGGAUUUGCGUUUCUGGCUUCCACAUGUCAGAUGUUAUUAUCAGUUAAAGCUGCAUUACGCCUACAUCGUUCCCUACUUUACAACAUUGUCCAUGCACCGAUGAGAUUUUUCGAUACAACGCCAAUUGGACGAAUACUGAACCGUUUUUCAAGUGAUAUACAAAUUAUUGACCAGCGGCUAUGGAUGACCUUCAAUUCUUUAUGUUUACGAAUACUUCCUUUAGUAUCUGCUGCUAUAGUGAAUUCUAUAGUUAUGCCAGUUGUUAUAGCUGUCUUUGUUCCAAUGAUUGUAUUGUAUCUCGGCGUUCUACGAUACUAUAUCAAAUCUUUAAGGGUUGAUGGGCGUUUAAAACAGCGAUUUGUUGAAAGGGUCAAUGAAAACAACGUGACUAUGUUGUAUUUACAAAGUUGUGCAAUAUGGGCUAAAAUAAGAUUGGUUGGCAUAUGUGGACGUACGGGAAGUGGUAAAACGUCACUGGCAAUGUCGUUGUUUAGAAUGGUCGAUAUAAUUGAAGGUUGUGUUAUCAUUGACGACGUGGACAUCGCUACGGUUCCAUUGGUAACACUGCGAAACAGAUUGUCAAUUAUCCCACAGGACCCUAGCCUAUUACAGGGCACCAUCCGCUUUAACCUGGAUCCUGAAAACGCCAGAUCGGAUGCAGAAUUGUGGGAAGCUUUGGAAAUUGCACAAAUGAAAGGAGAUGUAGCUGAUUUGGAGAAACAACUAGACUCACAGGUUUCUGAUGAAGGUGACAACUUCAGCAUUGGACAGAGACAGUUGUUAUGCCUGGCAAGGGCUUUCCUGAAAAAAACACGAAUACUUAUAAUGGAUGAAGCCACUGCUUCCAUCGAUACCACAACGUCUUCCCCAAAUCUCAGAGGAACAACAUUUAAUCAACAGACCGCUAACAGCAAACAACGCUACCCACAAUGCACUAUUACAAUGGGUAUUGGAAAAGCUCAACAACUGUAG